AUGGACUGUUGGAGUAAUGUAUCUUCUCUACUUAUUAACGAACAUAUUAUAUUGGUGACAAUCCCGCAGGACGAGACCUUUAUAAACGGCGAAACGAUAAUUGAACAAUUCUUUCAGCGGAAGAUUGGUCAAGCUUGGAAUGAAAGACGUGCGAGCCAGCUCAUGGAUGUGUGUCUAGCAGUCUCGAGCUUGGGUAACGUCAUUGUCACUACCUGUUGGUACGAGAAGGAUACGGAAGACGUAGCACCCACAGAUUACGUCGCAGAACCAGCUGAGAUUUAA